AUAUGUAUGCUCGCAGUUCAGUUCCUGACUCAAGGAACUUUUUACAAAUAGUAGUACACGCGAGUAGGAUCGCGCAGUGGUCUCUCGUUUCCUGUGAAUAUUUCAUUUCUUGCAUUUCUCCGACACGUUAAUAAUACUUAACAAAAUUGUGUAUAAUAAGAAAAUUUUAAUUAUAUACUACAGUUCAUUUUUGGUGAAUCUCAAGCUUAGAUUCAAGGCUCCGUAUAUUUAAAAAAGUGUAAAUUGAUAGUUGUGGGAAAACACGAUUCGAUGAUCACAUGUAUAGAUGUACGAACAGAGAAUCAAUUUAUGAUGUUAAAAUCGACUAUCACCUUCAGCAGACCAAAACCCAUUAAGAAAAGAAGAUCCUCUCGAAAACUUUGGGUUUCUUUUACAUAUCAUAAGAAUGAUAAUACCGAGGAGACAGACGUAAAUCAGGCAAACGAUUCGUUCGCCGAACGGGCUCAAAAUACAAUGGAGAAUUUUCACUGUGCGAUUGGCCCAAUUUUGUGCAUCGCUCAAGUGUUCGGUUUAUUUCCAGUGAGCGGAAUCCGGUGCCCUUCGCUAUCAAAGCUUCAAUUCAAGAGAUUUUCGUUUCUUACUGUCUAUUCAGCUUGCCUCGCAUUAAUGGUCUGUUUCAUGACCGUUAUAUCAGUGAUUCAUAUGUUGAAAACUUUCAACACUGACGCAAUUCAAGCUCGCGGUGGGAUAGGUGCGGCAACCGUUGGUGCAGUGUUCUAUGGGAAUAGUCUGCUGGCCAGCGUUUCAUUUUUUUGGCUAUCUUCUCGUUGGGUACCGCUUCAGUACGAGUGGAGGGCCAUGGAACAGUACGUGGACAGAAAUUCUUCAGAGACGACACGACUUCGAUGGAAGUUUUACCUCAUAAGUUUCGUGAUCUUAGUCUGCUCCUUCACAGAACAUGUUCUAAGCAUAUUCAAUAAUGUCGAAGGGUACGACUGGCACGGAUCGAACUCGACGUUCCGUAAUUUUAUGAAGAUAUACACUUUGCGGUCACACUCAUUCCUUUUUGACACACGUGAGAUACAAUUGUAUGAACACGAGGAGUACCUAGGAGCAACGCGAUUUAAUCAGAGUCAUUCAAUUUCAGUAAAUUACAAUUUUGCCUUCGGCAUAUACAUUUUCGUCAUUAGUAAAAUAGCGACUUUCACUUGGAACUUCACGGACCUGUUUAUCAUGCUGGUGGCUACUGGUUUAGCCGAGAAGUAUAAAUCUCUGAACAAAAGAUUAGCAGUGAUAGUGACCAGGCAUCAGUCACUAUUGUUAGAUCAAUGGGCAGAGCUUCGUGAGAAAUAUGCGACACUGAGUUGUUUCGUGAAAAACGUCGAUGACCAUAUUUCCCAUAUCGUCCUCCUGUCUUUUGCGAACAACCUGUACUUCAUCUGUGUCCAAUUAUUAAAUGGCUUAUCAUCAUGGGAGAACAGUUUGAGCGCAGUCUACUUCUUUGGUUCCUUCGGAUUUCUUAUCGGUCGUACAUGUGCUGUUACUUUACUCACCGCUAGAAUAUACGAUCAGAGUAAGGAGGCAUUACCUCACUUGUACAGAUGCUCGCCAUCAAAUUAUUGCAUCGAGGUUCAGAGAUUGCAACAUCAAUUGGCGACUGACGAAGUGACUCUGACGGGAUUACGUUUCUUUUCUAUCACGAGAAAUUUUAUGCUCGCGGUGGUUGGGGCAAUCAUAACGUACGAAGUUUUACUCUUACAAUUUAAUGAUAAUAAAUGAAGUGAAAUAAUUUUACCAAUUAUGAUUCAUGUUUCAAUCGUUCUCCGAAAACGUUUUCGUAAUAUGCUGUAUAUUUAUAUAAAAAGAAUCUAUAUGUAUACAUUAUAUAUAUAAUUUUCUACGAACG